CUCAGUCUCACCGCUGACAUGAGCGCGGGCGCGUCAAUAUACACACAGAGAGCGGAGCGGCGCUUUGGGUACAGUGGUGCUCCACAGCGGAGAGAAUCCAGGCAGGCGCAGCUAGACACCUUCACGCACCGAGCGCAGAGGUUUGAUUGCGGCGCAGUUUGUGUGGCGGCCGGGGACCCGAUCUUUUAAAACCAUGCUGGAUUGACUGCAGAGAGGCAACUACAAUCAAUGGCUUGGCUUUGAAAUCGUUCAAAAUUUAUUGGAAAGGAGCGUGAGAUAGAGCGACAGUGAGAGAGAGAGAGGGAGCGAGAAGAGAGAGGGAGAGAGCGAGAGUGGCGAGAGGGGUGGAAAUAAAGAUCCUUUCAACAAUGGAGCUUACAAUGGAAAACAUUGGAAAUCUGCACGGUGUACCUCACUCCCAUCAAACGAGCGACUUAAUGAACUCCGCACACGCGCGCCAGUCGUCGGCGUCGCAUCGGAACUUGGUGUCGCACGGACGGUCAGCGAUGGUGUCCAGCAUGGCCUCGAUACUAGAGGGAGCGGGGGACUACCGCACGGACCACGCUCUGUCCGGCCCCCUGCAUCCGGCCAUGACCAUGUCGUGCGACUCCGGGAUGAGCCUGAGCAGCACCUACACCACGCUGACGCCGCUGCAGCACCUGCCCCCCAUAUCCACCGUCUCCGAGAAAUUUCACCAUCCGCACCCGCACGCUCACGCUCACCAUCACCCGGCGCACCAGCGACUCGCGGCCGGGAAUGUCAGCGGCAGCUUCACCCUGAUGAGGGACGACCGAAGCCUCGCCUCCAUGAGUAACCUGUACGGCCACUACCCCAAAGACAUGUCCGGCAUGGGGCAGCCCCUGUCCCCUCUGUCUAACGGUCUGGGGUCUUUGCACAGCUCCCAGCAGACUCUCAGCGCCUACGGCCCCGGAGCUCACCUGUCCAACGACAAGAUGCUCUCCUCUGGGGGCUUUGAGUCCCACGCAGCCAUGCUGUCCCGGGGCGAGGAGCACCUGGCCCGGGGUCUCGGGGGCCACGGGGCCGGGCUCAUGACAUCCUUGAAUGGCAUCCACCAUCACAGCCAUCCGCACUCUCAGGCAAACGGGUCCAUGCUGUCAGACCGGGACAGGCAGACGGUGGUGGGAGGCGGGCAGGGAGCCGGGUCAGGGCAGGUGGAGGAGAUAAACACCAAGGAGGUUGCGCAGCGAAUAACAGCGGAGCUCAAGCGCUACAGCAUCCCCCAGGCCAUCUUUGCUCAGAGGAUCUUGUGCCGGUCCCAGGGAACUCUGUCCGACCUGCUGCGGAAUCCUAAACCGUGGAGUAAACUCAAGUCUGGCCGGGAGACGUUCAGGAGGAUGUGGAAGUGGCUGCAGGAGCCCGAGUUCCAGCGGAUGUCAGCGCUUAGGCUUGCAGCCUGCAAGCGCAAAGAACAGGAGCAACACAAGGACCGCAACACGGCGCCAAAGAAGCAGCGCCUGGUCUUCACCGACCUGCAGCGGCGCACACUCAUCGCCAUCUUCAAGGAGAACAAGCGCCCAUCCAAGGAAAUGCAGAUCACCAUCUCCCAGCAGCUUGGCCUGGAGCUCAGCACCGUCAGCAACUUCUUCAUGAAUGCACGCCGCCGCUGCGUGGACCGCUGGCACGACGACCAUGGCACCAGCCCCGGGCAGCCAGGCCCAUCCGCCACCACCUUCUCCAAGGCCUGAGAGGAGGAGAGGGCCUUCAGAGGGCCAGGGGGAACAGGUUGGAACAACAGGCAUCAUGGGAAAUUUGGCUAUGAAGCCUGUCGAUAACAACCCACACCUGGCCUGGACCAUCUGAAUGUGUCCUCUGCCUGAAAAUCCUUUGUGCCAUGCAAUCAUCUUUUUCGUCAGUCAGAAUUUAAAGCUCUCACCUGAAACAAGCAUAAUCUGAAGGUGAACAGUGAAGUCAGGUUCACUCUGCAUUUCUCACAAAAGGACAAUCAUUGAUUCUGUCUUCUUUUGUAAAGAAAAUCAUUUUUAUGGCAUCUGUCAAAGUAAAGAGACACCAAAGAUUUGAUGUUUUUUUGUCGGACGGUAUCUGAAUUAUGCUUCACCACCCAAGUAGCCACAGAUUCUGAUUUUUUUUCUUCUCCCAACACCUCCUUCACGUCUGCCUCUCUUACUCUCCCUUACAUCCCCUCUACGCCGGCACACGGAAGCAACAAGGGCGAAAGAACGGCAAUAAAUCUGACAACAGAACAGCACAUAGCCUUAUUAUCCGAGCCCCAUCCUGCACACACAAGGCCGUCAUAAAGAAAACAACGCAGCCUAUGAAAAAAACAAGGCUUUCCAAUUCUCCGCCUCUACCUCCCCCCUCUCCUCUCCUCCUGCUGUAGUCUCCUUCAUUCCUCGGCCAAAGGUAUUCCCUGAUGGCCAGCCAUUUCAGAGAGCAGCUCAGCCUGAUCAUACAGCAAACUAAUGAAUUGAAAAAUGAAUCGAUGCAGACAGAGAGAGCGGGGCCUUGACCCCUCCUGAAGGUGAAACUCAAGAUGCUCGGCAGUAGAUACUCAGGUCUUCCGGGCCCAGGUCUAUAUUUUUUUGCACAGAUGUUGGAGGCCUGUGGGGAGACGUGUCAUCGUUCCUCUCAGCCUGAGCCUGAGAGUCUGUGUCUCUCUGACCAAACAGCAGAGUCGGGUGAGAUGUCGGGACACGCUUUUUUUGUUCUGCUGGGAGCUCUUCCUCUGAUCAAUAACUGAGAACCCAGCGACGACGACAACAACACGCUCGGGCUUCCAGCCAACUGCAUUACAGCUGCAUAUGAAAAAGCAGAAUGUAAGAGGAGCACAUGGAACCCAGUGGAGAUGGGGACACAAAGACCUCACUACAACUACAACUACUACAGCAGCAGCAGCAGCAGCACACCUCUCCAUCCCUAGGUCCUGCAACAGAGCAACAGAGCAACAGUGCCCCCUGCUGCCGGUAGCAGACACCUGUGUCCAGCAGAGCGAGGGGGGUUCAUAGUGGAGGAGAGGGAGGGAGGGACGAGCCACUAGAUGCUGAGGAGAAGUCAUGGCACAACACAUUCAGGCCCUCGCAGCUCUUUGAAGGCAGAUCAAUAGCUAACCAUUAUCCUAUUGUUGUUCCUCAUCCGACCAGCACUGGUGAAGCCGGAGGAGGGGGAUGGUUAAAACCGGACGCUGAAAUCACAAGGAUUUAGCAAAAAAGGCAGGGAUUUAUUAAACCAAUCCAGAUCGUAUAGAAUCGUCUACACAAUACAAACAGAUAUUACACAAAGAGGGGAUAGAGAAGUACAACAGGAACAGUAACAGAAAGGCUCACUGAGUGGAGGUUUAAUUUACAUUAUUUAUUUGGGAGGCUUCAUAUUUAUUCAUUCUUCCACUUUUUUUAAUCUCAUCUGUUUGCAAAAAAAUGAGGCUCUCAACAAAAAGCUAUUGAAACCAAAUCUCCUGGUUACUCCCGGUCAGUCGCUGUAACCACCACACUCUGCUGACAAAAUGCUACAAUAAUUAGUGCCAAUGCUUUACUGCCUUAAUGCAAAUCAGAGAAUAUGGUACUAGGGUUCACACACGGCUAUACAGUGCGCCCCGUGGAUGACGAGAGGUGUGUGCCGUAGCCAACCAACAAUCAGCUUUUAACUGAAUUAAAAUAUACUUUUUUAGUAAAAGAAAGAAAAAAAAGAAUCAGAUUUUAAGGCAUACAAUAACCAAACCUCAAACGACAAAGAUACCACACACAUAGUAUGUGUUACAAACAAAAUGUCUCCAACACAUACACUGGACACAUUUUGAAGCAGAAGUAAAAAUGAUUCAUUCUAUCUUUGGUUCUCUACCUCCUCUCCCCUCU